GGUGAUCCAUUCCUGUUUCUUACAUCCGAUUUCAAAUGCUGGCCUUACACACAAAACUCACUCACUUUUUUAGAAUCCAAACUCUUGCUUGUCUCUCAAUCCUUCACAGAUUAAUUCACUUAAACAAAAAACCAAUCACACAUUCGCCCUCAAAACCAUGGCUGAUGAAGCUCAGGAUCAGGCUGAACGUGAGCGCAUUUUCAAGCACUUCGACUUGAAUGGAGAUGGCAAGAUCUCCGCCGCCGAGCUUGGUGACUGCUUGAAGACCCUCGGCUCGGUCACCCCGGAUGAUAUCAAGCGUAUGAUGGCGGAGAUUGAUACCGAUGGUGACGGAUUCAUAUCAUACGAGGAGUUCACAGAGUUUGCCACAGCCAACCGUGGCCUAAUGAAGGAUGUUGCCAAGAUAUUUUGA